AUGGCAGCACCGAGCAGAUGCACCGCGCGCGCUGCAACUGCGCUCAGGGGCAAUGCGACACCGCGCGUCGCCACCCGCACAUUCGCCUCCAAAGCCGCCAGCGCGCCAUCGCGAACAUGCCUGCGCCAGGCCCAGCGGACAACUGAGGCCCGCCGGCAAUUCUCGAACACGUCCUCCCGCCAGAAGCUCACGACCAUCGAUCAAAUCAAGGCGCGCAACAAGGGCGGCCCCUUCAACAUCACCGCGGCCCUGCUCUUCAUCGCAACCGGCGGCGGUCUCUGGGCGUAUUUCACAUACGAGAAGGAGCGCAUGGCGCGUAAGCGGAUAGCCGAGCAGACCAAGGGUGUCGGCAAGCCCAAGGUUGGCGGACCGUUUGAGCUCGUCGACCAGGACGCCAAGGUCUUCAGUUCCAACGACAUGUUGGGCAAGUACUCGCUUGUGUACUUUGGCUUCACGCAUUGCCCAGAUAUCUGUCCAGACGAGCUCGACAAGAUGGCGCUGAUGCACGAGAAGGUCAAGGAGAAGUGCGGGGACGUGCUGCUCCCAAUCAUGAUUACGUGUGAUCCGGCGCGAGAUAGCCCGGCGGUGCUCAAGGAGUAUCUGGCCGAGUUCCACCCAGAAUUCAUUGGGUUGACAGGGAAUCACGAACAGAUAAAGGAUACGUGCAAGGCGUAUCGCGUGUACUUCAGUACGCCGAAGGAGGUUGCGCCUGGGCAGGACUACCUGGUCGAUCACAGCAUUUACUUCUACCUGAUGGACCCUGAGGGCGAUUUCGUCGAAGCGAUCGGCCGCAAUUUCACUGCCGACCAGGCCGCCAAGGUCAUUGCUGACCACGUCAAGGAUUGGGAGAAGCCGCUGAAGAAGGAAAGGCGCUGGGAGUAA